GACAAGGUACUUCCCGCUGAGGACAAUUUUCUUCACGCCGAGGCCAAGGUUCCUCACGCUGAGGACAAGGUUCCUCACGCUCAGAACAAUGUUCCUCAUGCUGAGGACAAGGUUCCUCACGCUGAGGACAAGGUUCUUCACGCUGAGGACAAGGUUCCUCACGCUGAGGACAAGGUUCCUCACGCUGAGGAUAAGGUUUCUCACGCUGAGGACAAGGUUCUUCACGCUGAGAACAAGGUCCUUCACGCCGAGGAGAAG